UAUAUACUGAUAUGUGUGGGUAGAUGAAUAAAGAAUCAGUCUUACAACUAGCUUACGUGUAUUACUUGCUCCUCCGUCCCAAUACAUAUUUUACAUGGCGCAGUCGAUUAAAUCUACGUGAAAUCGGAAUUAUAUAACACUAAAUUACGGUCCGUAUCCGGUGUCAUAAGGAAAUUGAGUGUUAAGUGCAUAAAAUAAGUGUAUGUCCUAUGUGAAAUUAAACUAACCUAUGAACAAUGGAAGCUGUGUUACAACCACCCGCGCCGUUUCUAUUUGAGAACAAUAUUUCAAGUGUUACUUCGGGAAAUUUGAGUAAGGCGUGGCAAAACUGGAAAAAUGCGUUUAACAUAUAUUGUGAGGCAUGCGAACUUCAUAAAAAAGAAGAAAAGGUGAAAACUAAUAUUUUAUUGCACGUCAUCGGACCCAAAUGCAGAGAGGUAUAUCAGCAAUUUAAAGUGAAACCAACGACCUUGCAGGCGCUUUUAAAAGAAUUUGACGAUUUCUUUUUGCCUAAAACUAACACGACAGUGGAGAGGCAUAGAUUUUUCACGAGGGAACAGAAACCACAAGAAUCAGCGGAACAAUACGUUUUUGAACUUACUAAAAUGGCUGCCAAGUGUGGAUUCAAAGACUUAUGUGAUGACCUUGUAAAAGAUCGUUUGAUUUGCGGUAUACGAAAUACUACUCUGCGUGAACGUUUAUUAAGGGAGCCAGAUUUAAAACUUAGCUCUGCGUUGGAUAUUUGCCGUUUAGUGGAGAUGUCGCAGGUGCAAGCCAGUACUAUAAAACCAGAAUCGGAGACACAUCAUGUUCAUGAAUUGAGCACGAAUUCUGGUACAAAUAGACAUGAAGACGUUGAGGAAGCGGUAAACUGGGUAAACAGUUCGCAUUGUCCUUGUGGAGCUCGUACGGUGAGAAGUGCGCCCCCCACCCCCGCAGCCGCCGCCCCCGGCUCCUGGGAGCCGCGCGGGCGCCGCCGGCGCGGUCGCGGACGUGGAAGAGGUCGUCGCGCUCCUGCUGCAGUCCCCGUACAGGCGGACAGGGCUCAAAGGCCUGGAUAUAGUAACGUCUCGACUCAUCAUUCGCGGUCAUAUCAAGUAUGUUCGAGAUGUGGUGGUAAUCACGCGUAUAACAAGUGUCCGGCAUACGGUGUGCGUUGUGACAGCUGCAAUGGGUAUAAUCACUAUGCGAAGAUGUGCCGGGUGUAUGCUGUGGAGGGAGCCUCCAGUGAUCAGGUAAAAAGACAUAAUAAUAAUACUUCGAGUACUGAUUGGUCGGUUACACUUUAUGCUAGUAACGAGCACGGCAUAUUAGCUGACUACGCUGACAUAUUUGAAGGAAUAGGUUGUCUUCCUGGAGAGUACAGGAUACGGACAGUGAGACCACCUGAUCGCUGGGGUUACACCGACACGCACCGAGGGAACUGCGACUAG